UCCUCCUCGACUGCCAGCGUCGAUCUGCCGGGUGAGGAGCGCGGUGACAGCCGGCUCCGAACUCAUCGCCUCUAUUACGGCUUCACGAUUCAUAGGUCACGACUCUGUGGUCCUCGGCAUCGCUGACCACCAUGAACUCUGCUGCUCCCUACGUUCCAUACCAGCCAUACAAGUCAAAGAGACAUGCGCGAAACACAUCCAAUCAGUCUGCGGCUAAUGGCGCUGCGUCGCCGCAGUCGCGUCCUCAGUCGAUGAUCAGCAAUGGCCACACGAAUAAUGACCCGGCCUUCCACCAGAGGACAGGAAGCCUGACUAGUGCUGAGGCCCAUGCGCGUCCCGGCACAUCGCCAGCUGAAAGAGCUGGCAUGUCAAGGCCUGCAUCCAUGUUUGAUACCACACCUCAGAAUGGGCACGGCCGUUCCGAAUCGACCGUAUUCUCAUUUCCAGUACGAACGCACAGCUCUGCCCCCACACCCCCGCCGGAAGUCUCGCAUACACCCUUGCCGGUGGCCCCCGUCGUGCCGUCCUCGCCUAUCACCUCCAUUCCCUCGUCGCCUCCACCUGCGCCUCUGCAGUCUCCAGGAAAACCUCCUAUCCCUUCUGGCGAUGGAUCCGAUGAUGGGUCACCCUCCGCAUCCCCGCCUGUGCCGCAUGCAGCACCCUCUGUGGCGGUUUCGUUGCCAUUACCAAAUGGCACUUCUUCGUCCUCGCAGCCGGUCGCAGGACCGUCCACUUCCGCAGCAUCUCCCCCACCGUCUCCGCGGAAGACCACAACCUUCCGUCGCGUUCCAUUGCGGAAUCCCAACGCACGCACGCCGUUACCAUCUUCUCCGCUCCGUCCGGCAGACACACAUUCGCGCACGCCGUCAAUGGCUUCCACCCAGUCGCGACAGAUCGAGCCGCCUCCCGUUGCGCAUACGCCUAGUCAAGGCUCUUCCGGAACACCGUCACCCUCUGUCGUGGCUGCAUACGACAGAGCGUUACCCCCAAUCCCGAGUCUGGACAUCGUUUCAAGGCCGGCAAGCUCGCCCGAGGAUACAAUGGUGCAUACUCCAUCCUCUCCCUCAUCUGCGACCCCACCUCACGCACACUCAUUGGGCCCAUCCCCAAAACCUCAGGCGCGCGUGUUGUCGCCUGCACCGGGUCUGUCGGCAACCCAACUGCCAUCCCCAGCUGUGUCUCCUUUUGUACACGAGCGCUCUGUCGCGCGAUCUCCCGCGCCAUAUCGCCCGGGCUUCCAGCCGAAGGGUGUGUACCGUCCGCGCACGGACGAGUUCAUCGAGGCACGCAAAUCGAGUCGAGACGUCGGGCGAACUGAGCGUACACGGCUCGAACGACGACUAGAAAAGCUCAUCAACCUGCACUUCCCUUCCGAGUCACAGAGACUGAAAGAGAAGCCGAGCGGUGACCAGCGUCCGACACCACGUCCGAACAAACGGUUAUCUUCCAUCUUCGAGAUGGACUUCUCCGAGCUGAGGAGCAAGAGUGCGACUGACUUGUGGAAAGAGGUCGUUCAGCCCCAAGUUAUUCCAGGAGGCAAGAACGACAUUCGAGCUGCGGAGCAGACUAUUACACCUUGGGAGGACGAUGCCUCGGUGACACAUUGUCCCAUGUGCAAAUCAGCCUUCCAUUCUCUGACUAACCGCAAGCACCACUGCCGUCUUUGUGGGCGGAUCAUUUGUUCAUUACCCGUCAAAGUUCCGCAGCGUCCCCAACCAUGCUCCUUACUGUUUGUUGCUGACUCGAAGACGGGUCGUAUAGAGGAGGUCAGCGAGGGUGUUGACUACGGUGUGCGUCGUCGUCCCAGUGCGACCCCUCAGGCACGGGGUCGAGGGAAAGAGGAGACGAUGAGUGAAGAGGAGAAGUUUCUAAAGGGUGUUCGGAUAUGUCGAGAUUGUCGGCCAGUGUUGCUACGUGAGCAAUACAAGCAUGAGACUCGUGGUGUGCCGAUCUUCUUCAAACUCUAUGAUGCUUUCAUCAGCCUCGAGAAGGAUAUCGAGGAUUCAUUGCCACAGUUUCAGGAGCUCAUGCUCACUCUAAGACUCCUGGAGGCCUUCGGCCAGUAUGACGCUCUUGCGAAGCGCAUACGGCAGCUCCCAGCCCCAAGCGGCCCUGGAAGCUCACAGGACCGGAUACAAGGUGCCAUUGCCAGUCGUGCGAACCUGUUCUUGCAGAAGAACAUGUUUCCCCUUCAGACAUUGCCCAAAGCAACCAAUGGCAUCAAGUCGUCACCUUCGACCUCUUCGACGACGCCAGAAGAAUCCCGGAUCGAUCCCGAUUCGGAACUCGCCCGUUCUCUCCAGCCACUGUUGGAACAGGAAGCUCUGCUCGAGUCGUUUGUCGAAGAAGCGAAGGCUCAUCGGAAGUUCGAGGACGCCAAAACACUGAAAACCAAUCUUCAGGAGAUCAGAGCCGAGAUCAACCGUAUUGUGGGCAACGCGGACGUCAGUGUGGCGGGGAACUCUCGCAAAGGAUCCACCAGGACAAGACGUUCGUGACAGGAGGACACCAUCUACAUGCUCACACGCUAUCUUGAAUGCAACGUCGUUACCACUGCAUACUUUAUUCUUCGUCAUCAGGACAGUUGCCGUGCUUUCGGUGUAAUAGACAAUCAUGCCCAGCGGGCUGCAUUGAAACAGAG